AUGUACCCGAAACAAGGUACGCGCGCAUUGGCCAGCAAAUUCGUGUGCCUUUGCUUCCCCUUUGGCGUCCAGUGGAAUCUUCGACCGCGGCGUCGAGCAGUGCUUCAUCCCGAGUUCGACUCCCUCUCUCUCUCUCGCUCGCUUCAGCUACUGGAUUAA